UUUUAUUCUUUUCUUUAUCAGGUGAAUCCUCGAGAUGAAGAUGGUCGAACACCGCUGCACUUCGCCUGUUCACGGGGAUCCUUGCACACUGUCGAUCUUUUGUUGGGUCACAAUGGCAUCGAUGCCAAUGUGGUUGACAACAAUGGAGACACACCACUGCAUAUGGCAGUUCGGUGCCAACGCUAUGGUGUUGUGUCUGUGAUGCUGAAACAGGGUUCUGUUCAGUUGGAUAUUCAAAACUAUCAGAAAAGGACACCAUUGCUUGAAGCCGUUUCCCAGGGUCACCUCGGAAUGACACACCUGUUAAUAGCCCUGGGUGCAGACAUAAAUGCUGUUGAUGGUGAAGGUAACAGCUGUUUGCACCUAGCCAUGGCAACAGAAGUGUUUAAUUCCGAGGAUGCACCCUUGGAUUUACUAAACGAAUGCUGCACUUCCCUUAACCUGAAAAUAGAAGAAAGGCUCUCUGGUAUAGUGGUUGCGAGAUAUCUCGCCAGCCAGGGAGCGGACUUUCACCAUAAAAACAACAAAAAUAACACACCAUUGGACCUCAUUAAGGACCCAAAUUUGAGGAAAAAAUUAGAAGCAUUUUUACCACCACAAUGUUUAUUGUGCAGAAAUAAAGCGGCCACAACAAAAGUCCAUCCAUGUGGACACCUUGUAAUAUGUAAGGGAUGUUCAAACGUUACACUUCAACGAUGUCUGAAGUGCGGGAAACCUGUAACGAGCAGAACUGGAGAUGAGAGUCCAAAGUUUGAAGAGAAGGGAGUGCAGACUGUGGCAGAGACAGUUGAUGAGUUUAAAAUAAGAGAUCUUAAUUAAUUUCUAUAGAUUUUA